GGACAUGCGGGUCGAAAAACCGACUUUUUCCCGAAAAUUACCGAUUUUUCGUUUGUGCUUGUUUUAUUAUCUUCAUACAUCCUAUAUUUACGUAUAAAAUAAUCAGAACAAUAUUUGUACGAAAAGUUUAUGAAAACCGCGUCUGAACAACUCGCGGCAGGCCGAGAAAUCGCUAAAUUUUUCGAAUCUCGCCCAUCUUUGAGCGGCUCCAACUCGCGAUAGCGGCGCCGUCCGCCAUUGCUAAUGUUUGGGCAGGUAGCGACAACCUUCCUCUCGCUGGCGAAACAUCCGUCAGUUUCGUAUUUCCUCGGCCAAUAAUAAUAAACUGCGCAUUUUGCCGCGUCUUUCGCGCGUCUCUACUGGACCUUUAAAUCACGUGGUCCCAUCGCGCGACCGCCAUUGGCUGAGCGGCUUGCGGGACAGGAGCGAAGCCUGGGUGUUGCUCUCGCGUCGCUACGUCGCAAACAAGAACUGCAGUGUUUCUACGUUUUUCCGACUUUAUUUGCGAUGGACAACUGUAAAAAGCGCGAUUUUACUGUUCGAAAGUUCCGGAGCAAGUACAAGUUCCAAGGAAGGCGGCGCAAACUCAAGCGGAGAACGCCAACGGCGCAAAGUUUACCGCUGCCCGAUAGGCCUAACCGCAGCAACGAUGGCUGUUCCGGCGGCUCCGAAGAGAUCGACCCAGUUGACGCUGCGUUCACGUUUGUCAGUGCUUCGGAAAAAAAAAAUCGGGUUCUUCGAAAACGAAGAGAGACGAAGCGGCGAUGGUUCUGCGAGUGCAGUGGUGUGUGACAUUGGUGCACUGACGACACUAGUGAGCGGUGUGACUUGCCCCGCUUGUCACGAAGGCAAACUCUCCGUUCGGGAGUCGGCGGAGAAGCGUAAGGGACUUGCGUCGUUCCUCGAACUGCAUUGUGAGAACAGCGAGUGCCCAGAGUCAGUUCUUUCGUCAACGUUUACGUCAAAACGUGUCACCCCCAGUGGAGCCGAAAGCGCGAACGGACGCCACGACAGUGGGAGCUCGCGCGACGGUUUUGCAGUCAAUGUGAAGGCUGUAGUGGCCACGCGUGCGAUAGGAGCCGGACACGAGCAGCUCUCACGCUUCUGUGCUAUUCUCGGCCUGCCGAAGCCUAUGCACCAUAAGACCUUCAAUUCGAUCGGCAAGAAGGUUCAUGACGCUGCCAUGACAGCCGCCAGUCAGAACCUUGAGAAGGCCAGGCUCCUGACCAAAGAGGAGGUGGGUGGAGCGGAUGUCGCCGUAAUGUUUGAUGGUACUUGGCAGAAGAGGGGCCACAAGAGCCACAACGGUGUGGGCACAGCCGUGUCUGUGGACACUGGUCUGUGUUUGGAUUUUGAAGUUUUGUCAAACUACUGCCUUGCAUGUAGUCGGCACCAAGACUUGGGUGAAGAAGAAGAGGCCUGGCAGGCAUUCCAUAGUGUUGACUGUGAGAGGAAUGUUGAGUGCUCCUCCCAUGCCAUGGAGACGGAGGCAGCAGUCCGCAUAUGGCAGAGAACCCCAUUCUACAAGACGCCACUGCGCUUUACAAAGUUUUUGAGCGAUGGAGAUAGCAAGGCGUUCACAGCAGUGUCCGAGGCCGACGUGUAUGAUGGAGCAGCAAUUGAGAAGGAAGACUGCACUAACCAUGUGGCGAAGCGUCUUGGCCCUGGCCUUCGCAAACUCAAGACUCCGCUACCACGUGGGGAGAAGCUCAAGGACGGCACCAUCCAGAAGCUUCAAACAUACUACCAGAUAGCAGUGAUAAGCAACAGAGCCGACAUCCGCGGCAUGUAUUGUGCCAUAUGGGCAUCAUACUUCCACUCUUGCUCUACGAACACUGCUCACAGCCACAAGUUCUGCCCAGAGGGAGCGACGUCUUGGUGUAAACACAAACGAGCCGAAGCCCUGGGAGAGCCUGCGCCAGACCACACCCCAACCCUGACCAAGGCCCAGGGGAAGGCAGUGCUCCCCAUCUACAGACGGUUGACUGACGAGAAGCUGCUGGCCCGCUGUAUCCGAGGGAAAACCCAGAAUGCUGCCGAGUCCCUGAACAGCAAGAUCUGGCUGCUCUGCCCAAAGACAAGGUUUGCCUCCCGGACGGUCGUGGAAACGGCCACAGCGAUAGCAGUCCUGUGGUUCAAUAGGGGGCAUGCAAGCUUCGAACAUGUCUUGGAGGAGCUCGGAGUGCUUCCACCUGAAGGACUUCUCACACUUGGCGACUCCCGUGACGAUCUACGGAUCCGGAGAAUGUCUGCCCAGCAGACAGCGGAGGCACGAGCCCAUCGCCGCAGCAUGGUCACGAAGGCCCGUCUCGAGGACUCUAGCCGCAAGGACCAUGAGGGAACAACGUACAGUGCAGGAGACUUUUAGACACUCUGCAUUCUCCCUAGGCACCCCGCUCCAGCCAAGUUUUGUGUAAUUACUGUUGCUCUUUGACGGGAAUACAUCUUUUGAACUUUCA